ACAAAGUAGGCCUUUCAAAAGUGAAUGUUUUUAUUGUGAAGUAUUCUCUUUCAGUAGUAUAUUUUGACUACUUAAAAAUAGAAAAUUGUGUAUCUUGUCUUGUAGGUAUUUGAUUUAGGAGACUGAAAACUGGAUGACAAAGAAGAAGAAAUGAUUGCCGCCUCCGAGCCUCAGGAGUUUGUCCCUUUUGGGCGGCAAAAGAUUAAAAACCAUCCAGGCACAAUUUUGCCACCUGCUACUCAAGCACUGUCUGAGAAUUCCUUGGUUGAGAGACUUAGUGAGGUUAACAUUGACCAUCACACAGAUAAUGAGUGGUGGACGUUGCGAGAGCUGGUGGUGGGGGAAGGCAAGGGACAGAUCAGUGCCGAGGAGGAGUUGUACAUCAAGGACAAGACAGCUGUCUGGAGCCGAGGGAUGGUGGGACCAAGUGUUGCCAGUAGUGUGGCCGGACGAUCGCUCGUCUGUAGCUACACGGUGGAGACUGCCAUCACGCACGCCUUGUACGUCAACUUCAUAAAACCAGUACCCAACAGCUGUGAGGUUGCUAUGCCAAGCAUAUGCUUGUUGGAUGAGAAAAAGGUGAAUGUUUUUACUGUUGAUGGAGAGGAUUUCUUGUCUGCUUUGCAGUUUAAGGUAAGAAGCGCAUGGAGUACACAGUUCGGGCUGUUGUUGGAGAGGUACUCCGCCCCUCAGACUGGUCCAUCUGACCACAACUUAGCUACACUCUUCUCUCUGCUUCACCCACUGGAUGAAAUGGCUCCACUCCUCAUCAUGAAAAGUGGUGGUUCACUGCAGUACAUGAAUGAUUCGAACAUGAAAGUGGUUUUCACCAGCGAGAAGCCAUCUCUUGUAGUUCUGUUUGAUCUCAAGACAGGCCUUCACAGUGUGUGGAAGCUGCGGAAAGCCACUCCUCAGGAAAGCCAAGUGUUCUGUGGCGGAGAGUAUUCAACCUACACAAAUCUUGGCCAGUCUUCACUGCAUAUGAGCGGUUUUAGUCAGAUUUCCAACAAUUCUCACAGGAAUUCUUUACCUAAUAGAUCUCCAUUCACUCCUGCACCGGCCGCCACAUCAGACGAUAACUCUAUCUUCAACUUUUCUCCCCUUGAUUCACUCGUACGCUUGCAGAGCCCCUUGGACAGAUUCAAGUUAUCAACAUCGAACAAGAAACCAGGCACGCCAGCUAGUGCCACCAGUGGAGUAUCUACUCCGUCCGCACUAGACGCUAGACUCGGCAGCAGUCAGAUGGUUUACGACGGACUGUGGGAGCCGAGACCCAUAGAACCACAAUUGACACUGGAGUACAUCUGGACAGAGAAUUUAGGAGUGCCUAUGACCAAUAAAGGAAUAGAGGUACAGCCAGCUCUCCGAGUGUUCCUCAGCACUGACGUCCUAGGCCAGUCAUACCUCUGCUACCUGGUGAAGGCCCGGGGUCGUCUGUUGGUGGCCAGACUCAGUAAUACCAACACACCAGACCCUGACACCCUGGUUGGACCUGCCACGGCCAUCCCUGCUGUAGACGCUGCAUCACUACCAAAUUUACAGAUGUAUGCUGUGUUGGAACAGGGAGGAGGAGUAACAUUGUACACAGGAACUACCAGAGUUGGUAAAGUCCAUGUAGCAGGCAUCCACACUGCCUUGGCUAGCAGCUCUUACCUGACUUGUGCCACAACUGGCUUCUUGCAUCUGUCACCAUACCCCAAACGCAGCAGCCUGUUGCCGUCAGCUCAGACAGAUGCUAUGUUUGAUGAGAGGGUUCACUUGUUGUCCCCCGUUGGUCUGCCCAGCUCCACCCCUACCCCCGUGCCCCCAUCCACUCCUACUGUGGCGGGGGCUCACGACUCACACGUUCAUGCGCUGAGAGACUCCGUACACAACAGACUCACACUGGAGUUCCUCAAUGGAAGCAUGUUCAGGAUUUCACUCCCAGAAGUUUCCUCAUCACCUCUUGUGACCAAGUGCCUCACAACUCUUAAGGCUGUACUGCCUAGAGAGGACGCAGUUCAGCUGGUAGUACAAUGGUACACUGCCAGGAAUGCUCCUGGCACUCAGGAUAUAUCUCCUCAACUGGAGUGGCAACUCUUCUCCAAAGUGCUGAUGGGCUGUUUGGGAUACGAGUUGAGUAAGCUAAGUAAAAACACAGGUCUGGGUGAAAGUCCUGACACUCCUAUUAAAGUGAAGAAGAAGAGAUCAUCAGACCUUGGUUCUCAGGAGGAUUGGACUUACCUGAUGAGUAGUGAGCACUACAAGACAGGAGGGCAGAGGUUGGCAGGUCUGUUGGGACUACAGAAGCUUGACGCUGUACACUCUCUCCCCUUCGUAGAGGAGGGGAUCCUCAACACUUCGGCUCCGCUGUUCAACCACUUCUACCAUAUUCUGCUUGCACUUCAUCUCCUUUAUGAGGAGCUGAAGCUGAACCUGCUGAUGUCAGACAGUUUACUGAUGCUGGCUCCGUUGCUGCAGCAGCUAGCUCGAGAUUUGCGGAUGGUUCCGUACUUCUUGUCCUAUUGGAAGGACUUCCCCUCCGUUUGUCCAAUAGACAAUACAUAUACUCAACUGCCAGUCUCAGAAGUACCAAGACCUCCAGAAAUCAUGCCUUUGAGUCCCCCCUCCAUCUUCCAGUAUUUGUAUGAUCUAUUGCGUCGUCUGCCGAUAGCCAGUCCCUACCCUUGUCUUCACCCCGUCAACACCAAGUCAGCUGAGAUGAUAGAGAUGAUAGGGAUGUUAUGUAGUGGACAUGAGGAUGUGUCUGAGCUGUUGUCUCCAUUGAGUUUUGCAUGUUCCGGACAACGCUGUGACUCGGACAGAACUCCUCUUUCAGCCCGAAGACGCGGCAACCUCAGCGUCACUGAACAUUGUGUCUACCUGCUCAGCUGUCUUGGGUACAUCAGACGGGACCUAACUACUCUACCAGCUGGGAUAUCUCUGGUUCUGAUCGACGCUGUGAACCGUGUACGUGAGAACCCCCCGCCUGAUUGGCCUGAGGCGGCAUACCGUCUGAUUGGUCGACAGGACUUGGCUGCCACUCCACCACCCCCGGCUGUCAGUGAGCGAGGCUCGGCCACCCCUCCUCCACCAGCGGCUGUACGUGCUCAGGACACUGACGAUGGCAUGGACACCAUUGAUAGAGAGAUAUUGAAGUUACGUUUCAACAAGGACCAAAGGGUGGCAGAAGUGCGUCGUCUACUGCAGUCGUCGCAACCUGUAACGAUUGCAAUCACACAACGGCCAGACGUCAGUGACCAUGAGUUUAUAGAGGAGCAGGAGAAACACCUAUACACCAUCUGUACUAGAACAAUGGCUCUGCCUAUAGGAAGGGGCAUGCUGACACUACACACUGCCUGUCCUGUCCCCAGCGAGCCUUUAGCUAUCCCCCGCCUAUGUCUGAGUGGCAGAGCCCCGCCAAGGGGCACCACUGUAGAUCUGACACACAUUGAUGUUGUGCCCCACAUGAACCUGUGGCCGCUGUUUCACAACGGGGUGGCUGCGGGGCUGCGCAUUGCUCCAAGUGCUGCCAACAUUGAUACUGCCUGGAUAACCUACAACAAGCCCAAGGGCACCGAAGCAUUGCCAGAACAUGCAGGCUUUUUGAUGGCUCUGGGACUCAACGGACAUUUGAACAACCUCGCUCAGUUUAAUACCUGUGACUACUUGUCUCGAUGCCACGAGAUGACAAGCAUCGGAAUACUGCUGGGAAUUGCUGCUACGAAACGAGGCACAAUGGAUCUGAACACCACCAAGAUGCUGAGCCUGCACAUUGAAUGUCUGUUGCCACCAACUAGCGUAGAGCUGGAUAUUGCCCAGAAUGUCCAGGUAGCAGCUCUGCUCAGCAUAGGACUUGUCUACCAAGGCACAGCUCACCGCCACAUCACUGAGAUACUGCUGUCUGAGAUGGGUAGACCUCCUGGACCUGAGAUGGAGAACAGUGUAGACAGAGAGUCCUAUGCUCUAGCUGCAGGUCUGGGGCUGGGUAUGGUGGUGCUAGGCAAGGGCUCGGAUCUCAGUGGUCUCAGUGACAUUGGCAUUGCCGACACACUUCACUACUAUAUGGUCGGCGGUCACAAACGCCCACUAACAGGGUCACAAAAAGAGAAGUACAAGUCACCCAGUUACCAGAUCAGAGAGGGGGAUUGUGUCAAUAUAGCAGUCACAUCUCCUGGCGCCACCCUGGCACUGGGGAUGAUGUACUUCAAAACUGGCAACAGGGCAGUAGCCAACUGGAUGAACGCCCCCGACACUCAGUACCUGUUGGACUUUGUGUGUCCGGACGCGUUGUUGCUGCGGAUGGUGGCUCGAGGGCUGAUACUGUGGGAUGACAUUGAGCCGUCCAUAGCCUGGGUGGAGGGUCACGUGCCGACCGCUAUACAGCCUUACUGCCUGGUCAAGCCUCACCCGGGCACUGUGCCUGAGAACGUUGACUUGGAGACGAUGAACCAAGCGUACUGCAACAUCCUAGCUGGAGCGUGUAUGGCAAUGGGGCUCAGGUUUGCAGGUUCUUGUAAUGAAGAAGCUUUCUCAACUCUACUCCACUACACGAACCUGAUCACCAGCCUAUCUAACAAGUCUAUAGCCGAGCUCGCCGGGAAGUCUACCAUCGAAGCUUGUCUCAAUGUCAUCGUCUGUUCUCUUGCAAUGGUUAUGGCAGGAUCAGGAGACUUGGAUGUGUUACGAGUAUGCCGCUUCUUACACUCGCGUGUCGGACAACCCACAGUGACAUAUGGCUCCCACCUCGCGUCUCACAUGGCUCUAGGUCUACUGUUCCUAGGAGGGGGCCGUUACACUCUCAGCACAUCUCCCCCGGCCAUCGCUGCACUGCUGUGUGCCUUCUUCCCCAAGUAUCCAACACACAGCAAUGACAACAGAUAUCACCUGCAGGCCCUACGUCACCUGUACGUGCUGGCUGCUGAGUCUAGACUGCUGCUACCUAGAGACAUAGACACUGGCAGUCUGUGCUAUGCUCACAUCACUGUACUCUAUCUAGACACUCCUCACUACAAAGAUCAAUCCUUCACUAUGAAGGCUCCUUGUAUUCUGCCUGAACUCAAGUAUCUCAAAGAGGUUAGGGUGGAAGAUGACCGCUACUGGAGGGUGACUUUUACAAGAGAAAAGAAUUGGAGCCAGUUACAGAGUAUGCUGGCUGGCUGUGUGGGUGUCAAGCAGAGAGCUGGAUGUCUGUCAUACAUGGAGGAUCCACACGGCUUCCGCAGCUUGUUGGCUCAAACACUCACUACAGACAAGGCAGUGGCCUGGACAGUACCUGCAGACUCAAUAUUUUCCUUCUCGUCUGACCCCAGCACAGUCAACUUUGCUCACUACUUCCUGGAGCAAGCUGAAGGCUCUGUGGCGGGUGCAGGUGAACUGCGAGUAAUGCAUUUCCUUACCAAGAUAGUGUACGAGUGUGUAACUCAUGACAAGCUACCCAUCAUACCUAUAUGGAUCACCAUCAUCAAGGCCAUCCAGAGUCUCUACAAUGCUCCAUGUGGUAUCCUAGUGUGGCAGCUCAAGCUCAUGAUAGCUCACGGUAGCUCACCUUGCGACGACGGUCUGAUGCCAUCUAUAGCUGCAGAUAUGGCUCUGUCUAUGAAAGAACAAGUAUUCACCAUUCUAGAAUCAUGGGAGCCUGAGCUGAUGAAACCUCUAUGGCACUACAUCCACGGUGACUCUACUGACUUCAGCAAUGCCAGCUUGAUGCAGAGAUUUGCCACAUACCUAACGUUUCAUGACUUUGCUUCCCCUAAAGAGCUUAGUGAAGCCAUUUCAGACAGGCCAUUAAAUCCACUGAGGCUGCAGCUAAAAAUCGGCCAUUCCAUGUCUGUUUCCAUCUUGCGGAAGAUAUGCAACCUCAUUGCCUCUGAAGAACACUCAACACCUUAGUCCUAUUUUUGUACUUAUGUGUAAUUUUGUUAAGACUGUUUUAUAUCAAUCAUUUUUUUACUGAUCAUUGCUGUGAUUAUAUGUAAAU